AUGCGUUCGACCAUUAUGAUUGCGGCCUUGCUGGCCGGGCUUUCUCAGGCUGCACCACAUCCACCCCAAAGCCACAGCGAAAAGGUGGAUCUCAACAAACUCGCGCAGCGUCGUGAAAUGCACUGGUUUGGUACCGCCGCCGAUAUUCCCAAUACGGCCGAGACCACCGAUGCUGCCUAUCUGAAGGUCUUGAGAAAGAACUUUGGCGAAGUUACUCCCGCAAACGCAAUGAAGUUCAUGUACACCGAACCAGAACAGAACGUGUUCAACUUCACGGCCGGCGAUGAGUUCCUAGAGAUAGCUGGACGUCACGGCGCACAAAUUCGCUGCCACAACCUUGUCUGGGCCAGCCAGUUGUCUGAUUUCGUGACUUCGAAAACGUGGACCAAGGAAGCUCUCACCUCGGUGAUGAAGAACCACAUCUACAAGACGGUCCAACACUUUGGCAAGCGCUGUUACUCAUGGGAUGUGGUCAACGAGGCCAUCAACGGCGACGGGUCUUUCUCCUCUAGCGUCUGGUACAACACCAUUGGCGAGGAUUACUUCUAUCUUGCGUUCAAGUUUGCCCAGGACGCGCUGGCCGAGAUUGGAGCCCACGAUGUGAAGCUGUACUACAAUGAUUACGGCAUUGAGAACCAGGGUGUCAAGUCAUCAACGGUUCUCCAGCUUGUCAAGAAUCUUCGAAGCCGGGGCAUUCGCAUUGAUGGUGUUGGUCUUGAAUCGCAUUUCAUCGUUGGCGAGACUCCCUCGUUGGCGGAUCAGGUCGCCACCAAGCGAGCCUAUAUCGAGGCUGGUCUGGAGGUUGCCAUCACCGAGCUUGACAUUCGAUUUGCGCAAGUACCCUACUAUACUCCCGCUGUGCAGAAACAGCAGGCUCAGGACUACUACACAAGCGUCGAAAGUUGCUUGAAUGUUGGCCCGCGCUGCAUCGGUGUUGUUGUAUGGGACUUUGACGAUGCAUACUCUUGGGUGCCGGGAACGUUUGCUGGCCAAGGUGGCGCGUGUUUGUUCAACAAUACUCUCGAGGCGAAGCCUGCGUUUUUCGCUGUAGCUGAAGCUCUUGAAGGGAAGCCUUGCACUGUCUGCUGA